GCAGAGAGAUGUAGCAGCGGAGCUGGUUGGGACUCUGUGGCCAGCCGUCUGUCACUUCACCCAGUAGUCAUCUGUCUGACAUUACCGCGCAAUGAGAAAGCUUUAGCGUGUUGUUUUCUCGUGGGUGCCACUGCACGCGUGUGCCACGCGAUGCGACCGAGAACAGCAGCCGUUGGAAGGAAACAUCACAGCGUCCGGACGGGUUUGCUGGAGUAGCUUGUGCUAGCGCGGGGCUAACGCCUGUGCGAAGAUGCUGCGGUGGAUACGACAGCAGCUGGGCUUUGACCCACCUCAUCAAAGCGACACCAGGACAGUUUAUGUAGCAAACCGUUUUCCUCAGCAUGGUCAUUACAUCCCACAGCGCUUUGCAGACAACAGGAUCAUUUCAUCCAAGUACACAAUUUGGAAUUUUGUACCCAAGAAUUUGUUUGAACAAUUUAGGAGGAUUGCAAACUUCUAUUUUCUCAUUAUCUUCCUUGUACAGUUAAUGAUAGACACUCCAACUUCCCCGGUCACCAGUGGGCUCCCUCUCUUCUUUGUGAUCACAGUCACUGCUAUAAAACAGGGCUAUGAAGACUGGCUGAGACACAAGGCUGACAACGAGGUUAAUGGAGCGCCAGUGUUUGUAGUUCGCAGUGGAAGUCUGGUUCAGACAAGAUCCAAAAAUAUUAGGGUAGGGGAUAUUGUUCGUGUAGCUAAAGAUGAGACCUUCCCAGCUGAUCUGGUGUUGCUUUCAUCAGAUCGUGUUGAUGGUACUUGUCACAUCACCACAGCUAGCCUUGAUGGAGAGACCAACCUUAAGACUCAUUUCUCUGUACCAGAAACAUCAGUGUGUCAGUCAGUGUCCCAGCUGGAGGCUUUACAGGCUGUAGUGGAGUGUCAUCAGCCAGAAGCUGAUUUAUACAGAUUUGUAGGUCGUAUCACUGUGACUAAACAUGAAGAAGAGAUAGUCAGACCACUGGGUCCAGAGAACUUGCUGCUGCGAGGAGCCAGGUUGAAAAAUACCAAAGAGAUUUUUGGUGUGGCAGUUUACACAGGGAUGGAAUCCAAGAUGGCACUCAACUAUAAGUGCAAGUCCCAGAAACGCUCUGCAGUUGAGAAGUCAAUGAACACAUUCCUGAUAAUCUACCUGGUCAUCUUGCUGUUUGAGGCCAUCCUCAGCACCAUUCUGAAGUAUGCCUGGCAGGCUGAAGAGAAAUGGAAUGAGCCUUUCUACAAUCAAAAGACUGAACAAGAAAAGAACAGCAGCCCGAUUCUUAAGUUCAUCUCUGACUUCUUGGCAUUUCUGGUCCUCUAUAACUUUAUCAUCCCCAUCUCACUCUAUGUCACUGUGGAAAUGCAAAAGUUCCUGGGCUCUUUUUUUAUUGGCUGGGAUUUGGACCUGUACCAUGAAGGAAGUGAUCAGAAAGCUCAGGUCAACACAUCUGAUCUUAAUGAAGAGUUGGGUCAGGUAGAGUAUGUGUUUACUGACAAAACUGGUACGCUAACAGAAAAUGAAAUGCAGUUUCGUGAGUGUUCAAUAAAUGGAAUCAAGUACCGAGAAGUUAAUGGGAAACUGGUACCAGAGGGUAUGACCGAAGACUCUCCAGAUUGUUCUACAACACACCUGAUGAGUGAGGAAACAUUAUUUCUCAAGGCAGUGUCACUGUGUCACACUGUUCAGAUCAGCUAUGACCAACCAGACUGUCUGGUAGGAGAUCCUUUUUCCCAUGCCAAUGGUUUCUCUUCAAAUAACAUGGAGUACUAUGCCUCCUCACCAGAUGAGAAGGCUUUAGUAGAGGCAAUGAAGAGAAUUGGAGUGGCAUUCACAAGCAUCAGGGGUGAUGCCAUGGAAAUUAAAUCAUUUGGCAAGCUUGAAAAGUACAAACUCCUCCAUGUUUUGGAGUUUGAUCCAAAUCGCAGGAGAAUGAGUGUCAUACUGCAGACUCCUUCAGGAGGUCAAGUGCUUUUUACCAAGGGUGCUGAGUCAGCCAUCUUGCCUUUCACCACAAGUGGUGAGAUUGAAAAAACAAGACUACAUGUGGACGAGUUUGCCUUGAAAGGUCUGCGGACCCUUGUGGUGGCAUGUCGCCACUUCACUCCAGAGGAGUAUAUUGAUGUUGACAAGCACCUAACUGCUGCUCGCACAGCUCUGCAGCAGAGAGAAGAGAAACUACAGGAAGCUUUCAGCUACAUUGAGAGAGAUCUGCAUCUCCUGGGAGCAACUGGGGUAGAGGACAAACUUCAAGACAAAGUUCAAGAGACCAUUGAAGCACUGCGGCUGGCAGGAAUCAAAGUGUGGGUGUUGACAGGAGACAAACAUGAGACAGCAGUUAGUGUCAGCUUGUCCUGUGGCCAUUUCCACAGAGCAAUGAACAUCUUGGAGCUUCUGCAACAGCGCUCUGAUAAUGAGUGUGCUGAACAACUUGGUAGACUGGCCAGAAGGAUAAAAGAAGACCACGUCAUCCAACAUGGGUUGGUUGUAGAUGGGGCCAGUUUGUCUUUAGCAUUAAGGGAACAUGAAAAGCUCUUUAUGGACGUAUGUAAAAACUGCUCAGCUGUGCUGUGCUGCCGCAUGGCCCCUCUGCAAAAAGCCAAGGUGGUGCGACUUUUGAAGACCUCCCCAGAAAAGCCCAUCACCUUGGCUGUUGGAGAUGGAGCAAAUGAUGUCAGUAUGAUACAAGAAGCUCAUGUGGGCAUAGGUAUCAUGGGGAAGGAGGGUCGUCAGGCCGUGAGAAACAGCGACUAUGCAAUUGCUAGGUUUAAGUUCCUGGCUAAACUUCUGUUGGUCCAUGGUCACUUCUACUACAUUCGAAUAGCUACACUUGUACAGUACUUUUUCUACAAGAAUGUGUGUUUUAUCACACCACAGUUUUUAUACCAGUUCUUCUGUUUGUUUUCACAACAAACUCUGUAUGACAGUGUUUACCUGACACUUUACAACAUCUGCUUCACCUCGCUGCCCAUCCUGGUGUACAGUCUGUUUGAACAGCUGGUCCACCCACAUGUGCUACAGAGUAAGCCUGCCCUGUACAGAGAUAUUAGCAAGAACUCUCUGCUGUCUUUUGGGACAUUCUUGUACUGGACUCUACUGGGCUUCUGUCACGCCUUCGUCUUCUUCUUUGGGUCCUGUUUACUGAUGGGAGAAGACACGACACUUAUGGGCAAUGGACAGAUGUUUGGGAACUGGACGUUUGGAACCCUUGUCUUUACUGUUAUGGUCAUCACUGUCACAUUAAAGCUUGCAUUAGAAACUCAUUUUUGGACCUGGAUGAAUCAUUUUGUGACGUGGGGUUCCAUAGCAUUCUAUUUCAUAUUCUCCCUCUUCUAUGGAGGCAUCAUCUGGCCAUUCCUGCACACCCAGGACAUGUACUUUGUCUUUGUACAACUGCUUUCCAGUGGUUCGGCCUGGUUUGCCAUCAUUAUUAUUAUCAUCAUCUGCCUCUUUCCGGAUAUAAUUAAGAAGGUCAUGUUCAGACAUCUGAAGCCCACCAGCACACAGAAGAGCCAGUCUCUAUCAGCCCCCCAGGCGCAGGCCCUCAGCUGUGUGGAAUCCCUGUGCUGCUACCAGCACGGGCAAAGCGGCUGUUCACGUCUGGCCCACCUCCUGGAGCAAAUGACUGGACAAUGCAAGGCCAGCAUUAACAAUUGCCACGCAUCCAGCCGCAGCAACAGGUCUUGGAACGAUACAGAGAACUUCUACUCAAACGAUCGCAGCAUCCUGACGCUGUCGCCUAUCGAGGCCAACCUCUGCUGACUCCCUUGGCCAUGGACUUAAACACACAUCUGGGAGUGGGCAUGCUACCACUCAGUUACAAAUUAUAGUUACACUCCUGUCCCCC